AUGGAUCCGGCAAAGCCUACUGAGCUGCCUGAGCGGCCAAAGGAGCCCGAGCUGCCUAAGGAGCCCGGCACUCUGUCCAAGCGAGAGAAGAAGAAGCUGGAGAAGAAGGCCGCAAAGAAAGAUAUGCCCAAACAACCAAAGGAGAACCAACCGAAGCCGACCAAAGCAGCCAGAGAGCCUGUCGCUCCCAACGACCCCGAUGCCAUGUUCAAGGUUGGCUUCCUCUCUGAUGUCUACCAGGAACGACCACUUUCGGACACCAUCACCAAGAUCCGCACCCGUUUCCCGCCUGAGCCCAAUGGCUUCCUGCACAUCGGUCACAGCAAAGCCAUUGCCGUCAACUUUGGCUUUGCCAGACACCACGGCGGCGAGUGUAUUCUUCGUUUCGAUGACACAAACCCAGAGGGUGAAGAGGAGCGGUACUAUAAUGCUAUUAGAGACAUCGUGAGCUGGCUAGGCUUCACUCCCGUGCAGGAAACCUGCGCCAGCGAUAACUUUGACAAGCUCUACGAGUAUGCGGAGGAUCUGAUCAAGCGUGACGGUGCAUACUUGUGCCACUGCACCAAGGCCGAGGUCAAGGCCCAGCGUGGUGAAGGCGAGGGCGGCCAGCGUGGCGGAGAGCGUUUCGCCUGCAGCCACAGAACACGACCAAUUGAAGAGUCCCUGGCUGAGUUCCGCGCUAUGCGCGAUGGAAAGUACAAGGCUGGUGAAGCGGCUUUGCGAAUGAAGCAGGACCUCGAGGACCCUAAUCCCCAAAUGUGGGAUUUGUUCGCGUGGCGCAUUAUGGAUACCCAGGACAAGGAACACCACCGCACUGGUGGCAAGUGGAAGAUCUACCCUACAUACGACUUUGCGCACUGCUUGUGUGAUAGUAUCGAGGGUAUUACGCACUCGCUGUGCACGACCGAGUUCGAACUCUCUCGUGUCUCUUACGACUGGCUCAACGAGAAGCUAGACGUUUACCGCCCCAUGCAGCGCGAGUACGGUCGUCUCAACAUCACUGGUACCGUCCUCUCCAAACGAAAGAUUAUCCAGCUGGUUAAAGAGGGCCAUGUGCGUGACUGGGACGACCCGCGUCUGUACACUCUCAUCGCGUUGCGCCGCCGUGGUGUACCCCCAGGCGCUAUCCUCUCCUUCGUCAACGAACUCGGUGUCACCAAGGCCGUUACAAAUGUGCAGGUCAACCGUUUCGAGCAAGCCGUUCGUCAGUACUUGGAAACCAGUGUUCCCCGUUUGAUGGUUGUCACCGAGCCUCUGAAGGUGGUCAUCGAUGACCUGCCCGAUGACCACGAGGAAUUGCUCGAAGUGCCCUUCUCCAAGGACCCCAUUUUCGGCACCCACAAUCUCCCCUUCACUAAGACCGUGUACAUUGAGCGAUCUGACUUCCGCGAGGUCGACGCCGCAGACUACUUCCGCCUCGCACCUGGCAAGACAGUUGGCCUCCUCAAAGUUCCCUACCCAAUCACCGCCACAACCUUCGACAAAGACCCCGUUACUGGCGCCGUUACCUGCGUUCACGCCAAGUACGAGAAGCCCGAGGAGGGUGUCGCGCCCAAGAAGCCCAAGACCUACAUCCACUGGGUUGCCGAUUCCCCUAAGCACAACAGCCCUAUCCGCGCUGAGAUCCGUGCUUUCAACCAACUUUUCAAGUCCGAUGACCCCUCUGCUCACCCCCAGGGCUUCUUGGCUGAUAUUAACCCCGAUUCCGAGGAGAUUUUCCCCGACGCUAUGGUUGAGAACGGCUUUGAGAGUAUCAGUCAGUCUGCUCCUUGGCCUAAGGAGGCUGCGAAUGGUGGUGAUGUUUCGGAAAACAAGCACUCUAUUCGCUUCCAGGGUAUGCGUGUUGCUUACUUUGCUGUUGAUCGGGAGUCCACUAAUGACAAGCUUGUUCUGAACCGUAUCGUUACUCUGAAGGAUACUCAGGGUAAGAACUAG